CAUAACCCCCCCGUUCUCAGACUGCCACCUUCUGCUCUGCUUCAUAUCACUGACCCUUUCCUAUCAGCGCUGGUCGCAUCACUUCUUUUCAUACAUUGCGAUGCUUCAUUCCUUCUUUGAUUUCACAAUGGAUUCUUUCUUCGAUAAUGCCCCUGCUCUCCGAGGAGAUACAUCCAUGCAACCAGCCCGCUUGGGUACGGAGGUCGGCCUUGAUGGCAGGGCCAUCCACCGCAAAGACGACCAGUCUCUACUUGAAAGCCCUUCCGACCCUCUGCCAUCCGAAAGGAUGGACAGUCCCAGCAUCAUCAAUGCACACUUCAAGACCGACGGUCAGUCCGAUUCGUGCCCGACCGCCGAUCCCCAUACAAAAGACCGGAUAUUGUGUCCCUCCCCCGUUCGCUCUCCGAGCCGGCACUUCUCAUGGCUAUCCGACAUCGACUGUUCCAAUCUGGGAGGAAAACCAACCUUGCUGUCACCAGUCACAACCACAUCAUCCAAAGCUCUACCUUUAAGCCCAAAGGCUGCUCCGCCCCCUGCGACGCCUACGACCUCCCUGCAUCAUCACGAUAUCCCCCGACCCCUCAGCCCCAAGAUUUCGACUCUCGGCUGGCCCUCAGCCUUCGCCGAGAACAUCUUCCAACACAUCGGCCGUGAGCAGACGGGCACUCCGCAAACCGCAAUGCUAUUCUACGACGACAUUCGCGUCGUCGAGUCCGAUGUUUCCAUCGAGAUCAUGGGUGACGGCGAUCCCGACGCCGAGUUCUGGGCGUCGCUGGAAGAGCCGAUCGCCCGCCCCAGCGGACCAGUGAUGCGAAGACAAACGCCGUUCAUCGAGCCACCACUGAUUCGUGAACCAUCCCCAUGGCCUGAGCUUGUGGUGCAUGACUCCACUCCUUUCGUAAAGCAAUUCAAAGAUAGGGAGGGCGACUUCCUGGAGCUGAUUCACGAGUACUCCCGAUGGGCUCAAUUAACUGACACCCUUCCGAUGAGUCGAUGGGAAGUGCCUACUAUCGAUCUCCCGCUAAUAGUGGUGCACUGAGCGGUGGCAUGUGGGUAUGAUCGGGCAUUGCGGAAUGGGUGUACACUAUUGGGCAAAUAUCUUGAUGAAUGAACUCC